AUGCCUUUCACGUCCCGCAAACGUUGUUACGUUUGUAAUCGUCAAUUCAAUCCGCGACAAAUGGUGCGAAUUGACGAUGAUCAAGUGAUCAGACAAACCGCUAUCCUCAGACGAAAAGAACAUGGUUCGCAGCCCAUCGAAAUUGAUGAUGAAUCUAAAAUAUGUUUUAAUUGCAAUAUCAAUAUAAGAAACGAUAUUGACGAAAUAGAACGGAAUCCAAGUUGCUUGAGACUCAACGUCAUUACUGACAUUUCCAACCAUCCUUGUUUGUUCUGCAGAGCUACGAACAAUGUUCGGCGGUUGCCUAUCACGGCUAGGGUGAACGUUUUCAUUCUGAAGAAUAUUUACAUCCCGGAAACAACAAGAUGUUGUGACCGACAUUUAGAUGAGGAUGGUUUGAUUCACAAAGCAUUGUUACCAGGUUUGACUUCUGUUCACAGGUCAUAUGUCAUUAAAGGUCAGGAGUUGCAAAUCUUCUUACAAUCCCUCCGUGAUGUAGCACUUAACAAGUGCAAUUAUGAAAAUGAAAAUGAUUUCACUGAUGAAGAGUUCGCAUCCAUAGCUCCUAUCACAAAAGAGCAGUUCCGAGAACUGUAUACAUAUUGCGACCCCGUUCCUCAAGCACGUGGUGUUAGAAAUAUCAGUAAGAAAGAUCUCUUGAUGUUUCUAUGUAAACUACGACAAGGGUUGUCUGAUGAAUUUCUCAAGGUUCUAUUCCAAUAUUCAUCUCGACAAGCGGUUGGUUUGGCAAUUGCAAACGUUCGCCAAUCUCUUCUUUAUAGAUUUGUCCCAGCCAAUAUCGGUUUCCAAGCCAUUACUCGGGAACAAUAUAUAGUGGAUCAUGUAACUUCUUUCGCUAAUGAAUUAUAUAAUCCUGAACCAGAUUCCCCGAGAGUUAUUGCUUAUAUUGACGGAACUUACUCGUACAUUCAGAAAAGUAGUAAUUUUCGUGUUCUACGUCAAUCAUAUUCAAUUCACAAAGGUCGACAUUUGAUCAAACCUGCUCUGAUAGUUGCUCCAGAUGGGUACAUAUUGGCGAUUCAGGGACCUUAUUUCUCUGAUUAUUACAAUAAUGAUGCUCAAAUGUUGAGUAACGAGUUCCGACGCGAUGCUGACACCAUGAGAGAGUGGUUCCACGAUGGAGAUAUUUUGAUAUUGGAUCGUGGAUAUCGAGAUGUUCAGCCAUUACUGCAAGAGCUAGGGAUUGAUAAUAGAAUGCCAGCUUUUCUUAUGCCAAAUCAGAAACAGUUAUCUACUGAAGAAAGUAAUGAGUCUCGAUUGGUAACGAAAACUAGAUGGAUAAUUGAAGCUAGAAAUGGGCAUAUCAAAACAAUUUUCAAGUUCUUCGACCAUACAAUUAUAGUGCCACAUCUUCAUCAUCUUGGUGAGUUUUAUAAUAUUGCGGGGGCGAUAAUUAAUGCGUAUCACCCCUUAAUUCAAAUGGAAGGAGCCAAUGCGGAAUUGGCACAAGAGCUCCUGAAUAGGUCGAAGGAAGUGAACGUUGUUCAAGCACGAGUAGAAGUUGAGAGAAUGUGUACCAGGAAUGCACAAUGGAUUCAUCUUCAGAAUGGUCAGUUACAUGAUUUUCCACGUUUGUCAUUGGAAAGUUUACGGGACUUGACUGUGGGAACGUUUCAGGUCAACCUGGCACCAUCGUACAUACAAGAUAAGAUGCAACGUGAUGGACAAGAGGAGUUCCAACUCGAUUCCCUUCUCGGGGAACCAGGAUUGAUAAGGGUUCGGAUUUUCUCACGAUUUCGUCGUGCAACAAAGCAUCAAAUAUUCAUAGCAUACAAUAACGAUGUGACAGAUGACGAUGAGUUGGAUACUAGGGACGUAAUUUUGGGUCAUUAUUGCACUUGCAG